UCGUGCGAUUGUGCGCAGGUCCGUGAGCGAAGAUCACGUGACACCUCACUCCGCUUGCCGGCAUCGACGGCAUCACGAUCAUUGUGUGUUUCGCGCGCUCUCGUCCGUAUUCUCGAUGGCUACAGAAAAGUACGAGAAACAUCUUCUUUACAACAGCCUGGCUAUUCUGCUGAAAGCUGUGGAGAAGCAACGAACAACGGUGGACCUGCGGAAUGAGGCGUCGAUUUACGGCGUCGUCGAGGAAGUCGACGGAUUCAUGAACAUCGUAAUGAAGGAUUGUAUAUUCACGGAUCCACGCGGAGACUCCUUUAAGCAUGACGUAUCCUUCGUGCAAGCAAGGAACAUCCGCUAUGUUCAUAUCCCACCAAAUAUACGGAUUAUACCAGCUAUCAAGGAACAGUUACAACAACUAAAGGGUUCACCGAGGGAAGUAAAAGAUAUAAAACAUAAUUUUAGAACAAAACGCACUCAACAAAAACAACAAGAAGAUCUCGUUGCUGUAGAUAAAAUUUUAGAAAGUAAAAAUAGGACUGAUUCAAAAUCAGAUAGCAGAUAGAAAGUGAGAUUUAUACAAAUUCAGUUUGAUAUUUUUUAAAUGUCUACCUAUACAUAGGAACUUGAAUGACGUGAAAUAU